AGAAAAUAAUAUGUGUACAUCCAUUCAUCCUGAGUAUCCACUUUGUACUUGAGGCAUACCCUGGCGAAUAAAAUCUGUCCUUGUACUUGGAGAGCACAAAGCCUAGUGGGGAAUUAGACCUGUAAACACAUCUUGCUGCAGAAGAAUGAUUGCUAUACAAGAGGCAUGCGAUGCAUAAAUUCAUCGGGGAGCCUGCCGGAGAACUACUUAUGUGUACAGGAGAAAGUCAAACAAACUUUGCUGGAGGGUGACCUUCCAGCUCUCACUUGAAAGAUGAGCAGAAGGUUCCCAAGCAGAGGAGAUGGAAAUUCUAGAAACAAGGAACAGGAUGUGUGGCAGGGUUUACUGUGUCUGGGAGCCGAAAGCAAUAUGGUAUUUCAGACAAGUGCAUGUUUUAUUAUUGGAGUGUAAACCACAAGAAGACCCAUGUCCAGGGACUAGACAGGAGAGCUAAUGACAGAUGACAUAAUAAAAUAGCCCAUCAGAAGAGAUCUUAAUCUUCGUGAGAUGUGCUUCCCAAACAGUACAGAAGUCACUUGAUAUUUUGGUGUGAUACAGACUCCUGAGCUCCAUUCUCAAAAUCCAUGAAUCAUUUGGUGCAAAGAAGAGCCCCAAAUCUGCAUUUCUUACUUAAUCUGGAGUGCGUCAGUGUUGAGAGACAGAAACCACCCUGGAGAAAUGUUACGGGGAGCUGUUGAAUGUUGUUUCUGGGUUGCCGAACAAGCAACCGGAAAAGUCUGAUAGGCAAUGGACAGUCACCAGCGUUGCCUAGACCACACUCGCCUCUCUCUGCUCACGCAGGAAAUAGCCCUCAAGACAGUCCAAGGAAUUUCUCCCCCAGUGCCUCAGCCCAUUUCUCAUUUGCGCGGAGGACGGACGGGCGUCGCUGGUCUCUGGCUUCUCUCCCCUCCUCAGGCUAUGGGACAAAUACACCAAGCUCCACGGUCUCUUCAUCCUGUUCCUCCCAGGAGAAGCUGCACCAGUUGCCAUACCAGCCAACACCAGAUGAACUACACUUCCUGUCCAAACAUUUUUGCACCACCGAAAGCAUCGCCACUGAGAACCGCUGCAGGAACACGCCCAUGCGGCCCCGCUCCCGAAGUCUCAGCCCUGGACGUUCCCCCGCCUGCUGUGACCAUGAAAUAAUUAUGAUGAACCAUGUCUACAAAGAAAGGUUCCCAAAGGCUACGGCUCAGAUGGAAGAACGUCUAAGGGAAAUCAUCACCAGCUACUCCCCCGACAAUGUGCUCCCCCUGGCAGAUGGCGUGCUUAGCUUCACUCACCAUCAGAUCAUUGAGCUGGCUCGCGACUGUUUAGAUAAAUCCCGCCAGGGUCUCAUCACGUCACGAUACUUUCUUGAACUACAACACAAGUUAGAUAAGUUACUACAGGAGGCUCAUGAUCGCUCCGAGAGUGGAGAACUGGCAUUUAUUAAACAGCUAGUCCGAAAGAUCUUAAUUGUUAUUGCCCGCCCUGCUCGGCUCUUGGAGUGCCUGGAAUUUGAUCCUGAAGAAUUUUACUACCUACUGGAAGCCGCAGAAGGCCAUGCCAAAGAGGGCCAGGGAAUCAAAACUGACAUUCCCAGGUACAUCAUCAGUCAGCUGGGGCUCAAUAAGGACCCUUUGGAAGAAAUGGCUCAGUUGGGGAAUUAUGAUAGCGGGACAGCAGAAACACCAGAGACAGAUGAGUCACUGAGUAGCUCAAAUACUUCCCUGAGACUUCGAAGGAAACCCCGCGAGAGUGAUUUUGAAACAAUUAAAUUGAUCAGCAAUGGAGCCUAUGGGGCGGUUUACUUUGUUCGGCAUAAAGAAUCCCGGCAGAGGUUUGCCAUGAAGAAAAUCAAUAAACAGAACCUCAUCCUUCGGAACCAGAUCCAGCAGGCCUUCGUGGAACGUGACAUCCUCACUUUCGCGGAAAACCCCUUUGUGGUCAGCAUGUAUUGCUCCUUUGAAACAAGGCGUCACCUAUGCAUGGUCAUGGAGUAUGUGGAAGGGGGAGACUGUGCAACCCUAAUGAAAAACAUGGGUCCUCUCCCAGUUGAUAUGGCCAGGAUGUACUUCGCUGAGACAGUCUUGGCCUUGGAGUAUCUACAUAAUUAUGGAAUUGUACACAGGGAUUUGAAGCCAGACAACCUGUUGGUCACCUCCAUGGGGCACAUAAAGCUGACCGACUUUGGGUUAUCUAAGGUGGGACUGAUGAGCAUGACUACCAAUCUCUAUGAAGGUCAUAUUGAGAAGGACGCCCGAGAGUUCCUAGAUAAACAGGUCUGUGGUACACCUGAAUACAUUGCCCCUGAGGUGAUUCUGAGACAGGGCUAUGGGAAGCCGGUGGACUGGUGGGCCAUGGGCAUUAUCCUCUAUGAAUUUCUGGUUGGAUGUGUGCCUUUCUUUGGGGACACUCCGGAAGAGCUGUUUGGACAAGUCAUCAGUGAUGAAAUCAAUUGGCCUGAAAAGGAUGAGGCCCCUCCCCCAGAUGCCCAGGAUCUGAUUACCUUGCUUCUCAGGCAGAAUCCACUGGAGAGGCUGGGAACAGGUGGUGCCUAUGAAGUGAAGCAGCAUCGGUUCUUCCGUUCCUUGGAUUGGAACAGUUUGCUGAGACAGAAGGCAGAAUUUAUUCCCCAACUGGAAUCGGAGGAUGACACAAGUUAUUUUGAUACUCGGUCAGAGAAGUAUCAUCACAUGGAGACGGAGGAGGAAGAGGACACCAAUGAUGAGGACUUCACCGUGGAGAUCCGGCAGUUUUCCUCCUGUUCACACAGGUUUUCAAAAGUUUUCAGCAGUAUAGACCGAAUAACUCCGAAUUCAGGAGAGGACAAAGAAGACACAGAGGACAAAACCAAAAGCACAACUCUGCCAUCGACGGAGACGCUCAGCUGGAGCUCCGAAUACUCAGAAGUGCAACAGUUAUCGACCUCCAACUCUUCAGAUACUGAAAGCAACAGAUGCAAACUCAGUUCCGGCCUGCUUCCCAAACUGGCUAUCUCAACAGAGGGAGACCACGAUGACGCUGCCCCAUGCUCUGGAGACCCCAGAGAGGAGCCAGAAAAACCAGUCCUCCCUCCUGAGGAGUGUCCCCAGGAGGAGCCCGAGGUCACCACUCCUGCCAGCACCAUCAGCAGUUCUACACUGUCAGUUGGCAGUUUUUCAGAGCACUUGGAUCAGAUAAAUGGGCGAAGCGAGUGUGUGGACAGUACAGAUAACACCUCAAAGCCAUCCAGUGAACCCACCUCUCACAUGGCUCGGCAGCGAUUAGAAAGCACAGAGAAAAAGAAAAUUUCGGGCAAAGUCACAAAGUCCCUCUCUGCCAGUGCUCUGUCCCUCAUGAUCCCAGGAGAUAUGUUUGCUGUGUCUCCAUUGGGAAGUCCAAUGUCUCCACACUCCCUGUCUUCGGACCCUUCCUCCUCACGGGAUUCCUCUCCCAGCCGAGACUCUUCAGCAGCAUCCGCCAGUCCCCACCAGCCCAUUGUGAUCCACAGUUCAGGGAAGAACUAUGGAUUUACCAUCCGUGCCAUCCGCGUGUACGUGGGAGACAGUGACAUCUACACCGUGCACCACAUUGUCUGGAAUGUAGAAGAAGGGAGUCCUGCCUGCCACGCGGGACUAAAGGCUGGGGAUCUGAUCACACACAUCAACGGAGAGCCGGUCCAUGGACUCGUCCACACUGAAGUCAUCGAGCUUCUGUUGAAGAGUGGGAAUAAGGUGUCAAUCACCACCACCCCGUUUGAAAACACAUCCAUCAAAACAGGACCCGCCAGAAGGAACAGUUACAAGAGCCGGAUGGUGAGAAGGAGCAAGAAGUCGAAAAAGAAGGAAAGUCUAGAAAGGAGGAGAUCUCUCUUCAAGAAGUUAGCCAAGCAGCCUUCUCCUCUACUCCACACCAGCCGGAGUUUUUCCUGCUUGAACCGAUCCCUGUCAUCUGGAGAGAGCCUCCCGGGUUCCCCUACUCACAGCUUGUCCCCACGAUCUCCAACACCCAGCUAUCGCUCAACCCCAGAUUUCCCAUCGGGUACAAAUUCUUCCCAGAGCAGCUCACCAAGUUCAAGCGCCCCCAAUUCUCCAGCAGGUUCAGGGCACAUCCGGCCCAGCACCCUCCAUGGCCUGGCCCCCAAACUCAGUGGCCAGCGAUACCGCUCUGGAAGGCGGAAGUCAGCUGGCAGCAUCCCACUCUCCCCUCUGGCCAGGACACCCUCUCCAACCCCCCAGCCUACCUCCCCUCAGCGUUCACCAUCCCCGCUGUUGGGACACUCACUGGGCAACGCCAAGAUCACCCAGGCCUUUCCUAGCAAGAUGCACUCUCCCCCUACAAUCGUCAGACACAUCGUGAGGCCCAAGAGUGCAGAGCCGCCCCGCUCCCCGCUGCUGAAGCGGGUACAGUCUGAGGAAAAGCUGUCACCCUCGUAUGGCAGCGACAAGAAGCACCUGUGUUCCCGCAAGCACAGCCUGGAGGUGACGCAAGAGGAGGUACAGAGGGAGCAGUGCCAGCGGGAUGUGACAUUGCAGAGCCUGGAGGAGAAUGUAUGUGAUGCGCCUUCCCUCAGUCGAGCCAGGCCAGUGGAACAAGGCUGUCUGAAACGCCCUGUAUCACGGAAGCUGGGCAGGCAGGAGUCUGUGGACGACCUGGACCGGGACAAGCUGAAGGCCAAGGUCAUAGGGAAGAAACCGGAGGAGAAACAUGAAUCCCACCAGAAACCUCACAGCCUCGGUGGUGAUUCAGAAAACUAUGCUCUCUUCAGACUGGAGGAGAGAGAGAAGAAAGUGUACCCCAAGGGGUUGGAAAGGUCAGGUCAUUUUGAGAACACACCAUCAGAGUCUCCUUCUGGGGGCAGCCUGCUGAAGGACACACUUCACAAGCAGGCCAGCGUGCGGGCCAUUGAAGGGGCGACCUCAGACGGGGCACCGUGCAGCCUGGCCCCUGGGGAGCACAGCCAGUCUCUAAGUGACUUUAAACGGGCCUCGGCUUCUAGCACCCUCCAGGAUAGUAUGUAUCACAUCCCUGACAGGCCCACUCCUGGAAAGGGUGAAUACACAGAGAAGGCCUCCCAGGCCAAAGAGCUCCUUCGAAGUGAGAAACCAGACAGCAAGCUGGCUAAUAUUGAUUACCUCCGAAAGAAAAUGUCCCUGGACGACAAAGAUGACAGUCACUGUGCCAUCCUGAAACCCAAGAUGACAUCUAGCGCCCAUGAGGGCUUGCCAGGGAACCCUAUUCGGCCCAUGGCUGGACAGCAGGAGACCAUGCCAGCCUCUGAGAGCCGGGCAUUCAUCAACAGUACCCACACAUCUCAGAUGAGUGCUGUUUCCUUUGUCCCUCUCAAAGCCUUAGCUGGCCGGGUAGAGAACGGAGGUGAGAAACCAGGCUUCAUUGCUCCCGAGUCCCCCGUGAGGAAGAGUCCCUCUGAGUAUAAGCUGGAGGGCAGGUCAGUGUCAUGCCUGAAGCCAAUUGAGGGCACACUGGACAUUGCUCUCCUGUCUGGACCUCAUGCCUCCAAAACAGAGUUGCCUUCCCCAGAGCCUGCACAGAGCCCCAGCCCAGGUGUCAACACGGGAUCCUCGGGGCCACCCGCCCUUCCCAGUAGCAGUGGGAAAAAGAGUGACUCCACCAGCCUGAGAGAGCCUUCCUCCACCAGCUUGAAGGUGAGUAAAUCUUACCUGCUGGAGCCUCGGUUCCUGCCUCCGAGCCGGGGUCUGCAGGACUCCCUUGCAGCUCCUGGGCCAGAACCAAAGUCAAAGCAGGACAGGAAGGUUAUUCAUCCUGCUACCAGGAACACAGCAGCUGUCACAGAGAGCCACCUCCAGCAGAAAGAGGGGAGUCCCACCAAACACCAAGACCGCUCUGGUGACACCAAGGUCCUCCCUGUCCCUGGGCAGCCCCUACACAAUGUUGACCCAGCAAAGCUGGGUAUACGUGCCCAGCUCCCACCGGAAGGGAUCUCCUCAAAGGAGAAGCCAUAUCUGAAGGAACCAUCUGAAAAGGUGAAGAGUGAGUGCUCUACCAUGAGGGAUGAUGUACACAGAGACCCCCGUGUGAAGCUGUGUCCUGCAGAGACUGGGAAAGCUAGUGACAGUUCCAAAAGCCUCCCUUCUGGGGGAAAGACCCACCUUGAUUUCUACAUGCAGACCCAGACUAUGGAGAAAACAUGGGCAUGUGCAAAAACCCACUACAGAGAUGGCCAAGACGAGGUAAAGCCCCUGGCCAGGGAGGACUCCUUGCGCUCAGCUGGGCUUCUGUAUGACAAGGAGGUAGGCAGGGCAAGAAAAGGCACAGAAUCCAAACCUGAAGUUCCUGCUGCCAGGCACCCUCCUCAGCCACCAGGAACUGAGAGCGAGAGGCGCGAGAAGCUCUCCACCACCCCCUCUUUGCAGAAACAGACUCCCAGGGAGCCCGACAGGAAGGAACAGGCCCUGCAAAGGCCUGGAGGCAACGGCCCUCAACAACCCCUGACCACCAAAGAGCUGGCCAACCCAGCAGCUUGGCAGCAUCCCAGUUCUCCAAGCCACACUUCGACCAAGGAGCUGGGGACCAACCCUGCUGCCGCCGCUGCUGCUGCUGCUGCCAUAGAACUGAACACCAGCCUCCAGGACACUCCCCGAUCUGCUGCUGCCACCACCGCCACCACCACCACCACUGCCACCGCCGGUGCUGGGCACAGUGACUGCCAUAGUCCUAAGUCCCGGCCUGGCCCUGACCCCAGCCCUUCAAAGUCUAAGCACCCAGACAGGUCCCUCUCCUCACAGAAGCUGAGUGCCGGGUCUGCAAAAGGCAAAGAGACUGUUACUCAAGCCCUGGGCGGCGGCGGCUCCAGCAGAGAGGGGAAGGGUGGCAGCAAGGGUCCCUUGGACAUGUACCCUGCCAUCCUGGCCACCCAGGGCAAAGCGGUCGACGUGUUUGGGCAGGGAGAAGGUCGGGUCACUAUCACACUCCACACUGAAGAGAGUCCUCUAGACGCGAAACUGAAAACCGCCAACGGAGGCUGUCCCCAAGAGACGCAGGAGAAGCAUCCACCCAGACAAGGACAUGCAGGGUGCAGUGACGCAGCAGACCAGAAACUUCUCACCGCUGGUGAAAAGCAAAGCCUGUCUCCAAAGCAUCCCAAACCACCCACUGUGAAAGACUGCCCCACUCUGUGUAGACAGACAGACAAAAGCCCAAGUCAGCAAGCUUCCACGGGGGACAGGAAGUCAGAUGGGAAGAAAUGCACAGAAGCACUUUAUGCUCCAGCCCCAGAGCCCUCUCAAAGGCCCGAGAGGCCAGCCGUGGGCAUGGGGAAGGGCUUCUCAGAGUCCAAGGGGAAAGGGCCUGGUUCUCAGAAGCCACUGGCUGAAACAGGCAAGCCCAGCGGUAUGAAACGGUCACCCUCUGCCACUGCACAGAGUUCUCUCCGCUCAGCUGGCCCCCCAGAAAAGUCUCUGAGCUAUUCAGCCAGCUUUCCCGAGGCCCAACCUGCAGUACGAGAGGUCACCACCGCAGCCACCAGCAGCCCCUCAUCGGCCAAGGCAAUCGCGGGGACCUCAGAAUCCCCAGCCCCCAGCAGCAGGGACCACAGGAAGUCCCAGUCUGGGGGAGAUGGCCGAAGCCAAAUGACAAAGAGUGACUCCCUGCCCUCCUUCCGCCUCUCCAACUCUGCCCUGGAGUCACACCCCCCAGAUCCACAGGUGCCCAGCACAGCCGGCCACCGGGACAGGGCGCUGUCAGUAACUGCUACCACAGGAGAACCCAAAGGGAGGGAGCUUACCCAGCCUCCCCCAGCCAGGAAACAGAACGUGGGCAGGGAGGUGACCAGAGCACCCCCAGCCCAAAGCACAGACCGUUGUUCCCUCCCUCUCUCCUCGGAGAAGGACUUCGUGGUUCGGCAGAGGAGGAGCAAGGAGAGCUUGCGUAGCAGUCCUCACAAGAAGGCCUCCUAACAUGCAGCCUUGGUGACAGACAGGGGCUGUGAGACCCCGCCUGAGCAUACGUGUAACUGGGUCUUUGCCGCCUCACAAACCAGCACCGUAUGGGAAUGUCUUCCCAGCAGAGCUCGGAGGCUCACUGAGGAG